AUGGCUGAUGGGCUCAAUCCUGCUGAGCACUUCUCAAACUGCGGAGGAAUACCACGCGGGGGGGGCGAAUGCCAAGUUGCCAACCUUACUGGUGUUAAGCAUAUUCUCUCGGCCUUUGUCCGGCGCCAGACCAGCAGGGCACUACUUCGGAUAUGGACGACUGAUGAUCGAUCCUCUGGCCCUUUUGGCCUAGACUGGGGACCGUGGAUCGCCUACGCGACCCUCGCUCGUAUCGGCUGGCUUGCUCGGCAACUUGACUCAGAUGAGGACACCUGUACUUCUUCGUCCAGCUCUCUGCUCUUCCGGUGGUUUUGCGCCCUCAAACCCGACGCACCAACUAUGGUGUGGUCAUUACAUAAUCGGUCCGGUAUUUCCGUGGGGACCGGAUUCAGAUUGAAAAAGGCAGGUCGGCUGCCAUGGCCGAAUCCUGGACAAAAAGGGUGA